GCUACGCAGAGUUCGUGCGCUGCGUGAGGCGAAUGUAAGAAGCUUUCAAGGCAAUCCGUGCGCAGAAAAGCAUCGUAUUUUUCGGCGUUAAGGGCUAAUAUCUGCGAUCUUCCAUCAUGCAUGUGGACUUCGAGAAGCUGCGGAUGAGCGGCGCGGGGAAAGCCAUCGCGGUUCUGACGAGCGGCGGAGAUGCGCAGGGUAUGAACGCGGCCGUGCGCGCUGUAACACGCAUGGGCAUUUACGUGGGCGCUAAAGUCUACCUGAUUUAUGAGGGUUAUCAAGGCCUGGUGGAUGGAGGAGAUCACAUCAAACUCGCCAACUGGCAGAGCGUCACCAACAUCAUUCAGCUGGGCGGCACCAUCAUCGGCAGCGCUCGCUGUAAAGCCUUCACCACGCGCGAGGGCCGUCUGUCCGCGGCGUUUCACCUGCUCCAGCGCGGCAUCACUAACCUGUGUGUGUGCGGCGGAGACGGCAGCCUGACCGGAGCCAACAUCUUCCGCAGCGAGUGGAGCGACCUGCUGGCUGAACUCAUGCAGCAAGGCCGGAUCACAGACUCGCUGGCGCAGCAGCACAAGCAUCUGAACAUCGUGGGUCUGGUGGGAUCCAUCGAUAAUGAUUUCUGUGGAACCGACAUGACGAUCGGAGCCGAUUCUGCUCUGCAUCGGAUCAUGGAAGUUAUUGAUGCAAUCACCACCACGGCACAAAGUCAUCAGAGGACGUUUGUGCUGGAGGUGAUGGGACGUCACUGCGGGUAUCUGGCGGUGGUCUCCGCUCUGGCGUCUGGUGCAGACUGGCUCUUCAUCCCCGAGGCUCCGCCGGAGGACGGAUGGGAGGAUCACAUGUGCGCUCGACUCGGAGAGAGCCGCAGUAAAGGCUCUCGUCUGAACAUCGUGAUCAUCGCAGAAGGAGCCAUCGACAAACACGGCCAGCUGAUCUCCUCCAACUACAUCAAAGACCUGGUGGUUCAGCGGUUGGGUUACGACACGCGGGUCACUGUCCUGGGUCACGUUCAGAGAGGAGGAACACCGUCCGCUUUUGAUCGAGUCCUGAGCAGUAAGAUGGGCGUGGAGGCCGUGGUGGCUCUGCUGGAGGCGACUCCGGAGACGUCGGCGUGUGUGAUCGGUCUGUCCGGGAAUCAGGCCAUGCGUCUGCCGCUCAUGGAGUGUGUGAACAUGACGAAAGAGGUUCAGAAAGCCAUGAACGAGAAGAGGUUUGAAGAGGCCAUUCAGCUGCGUGGAAAGAGUUUUGAGAACAACUGGAACACGUACAAGCUUUUAGCUCAUCAGAAGCCAGCUCUGUCAAAGAGUAAUCACUCGAUGGCGAUCCUGAACGUCGGCGCUCCGGCUGCCGGGAUGAACGCCGCUGUGAGAUCCGCGGUUCGAGUGGGACUCGCUCAGGGUCACAGGGUUUACACCGUCCACGACGGCUUCGAGGGUCUGGCCAAAGACGCGAUUAAUGCGGGUGCGGUUCGGCUCGGGACUCGCAGUCUUUAUGGGGUGAGCCAAGGGAAUGUAUUAAUGCAUUCAUUUGUGUGUUUAUAUUUGUUCAGAACUCUUCCCAACUCCUGCAUGGAGAACAUCGUGGCCAAUAUCAGCAAAUACAACAUCCAGUCGCUGCUGGUGAUUGGUGGAUUUGAGGCGUAUGAAGGAGUUCUGCAGCUGGUUGAGGCUCGAGGCCGCUAUGAUGAACUGUGUAUCGCUAUGUGUGUGAUUCCCGCCACCAUCAGCAACAACGUGCCGGGCACAGACUUCAGUUUGGGAGCAGACACGGCCGUGAACGCCGCCAUGGAGAGCUGUGAUAAAAUCAAGCAGUCUGCGUCUGGAACCAAGCGCCGCGUCUUCAUCGUGGAGACCAUGGGUGGAUACUGCGGUUACCUAGCAACCACCACCGGCAUCGCCGUGGGAGCAGACGCCGUCUACAUCUUUGAGGAGCCAUUCAACAUCCACGAGCUGGAGACAAACGUGGAGCAUCUGACGGAGAAAAUGAAGAAUGAUAUUCAGAGAGGACUAGUGUUGAGGAAUGAGAAGUGUCACAAGCACUACACCACUGAUUUCAUCUACAAUCUCUACUCCGCCGAGGGCAAAGGCGUCUUCGACUGCAGGGUCAAUGUUCUGGGUCACCUGCAGCAGGGUGGCGUUCCCACUUCGUUUGACAGGAAUUUUGGCACUAAACUGGGAGUGAAGUCAGUUCUGUGGCUCACAGAGAAGAUGAACAGCACGUACAGACAGGGCCGUGUGUUCGCGAACGCUCCAGAUACGGCCUGCGUGAUCGGCAUGAAGAAGAAAGUGAUGUCGUUCAGCCCCGUCACCGAACUCAAAGCGCACACGGACUUCGAACACCGGAUGCCGAAGGAGCAGUGGUGGCUAAACCUGCGGCCCAUGCUGAAGAUGUUGGCCAAAUAUCAGACGAGUUUUGACGAGUACGUGACCGGAGAGAUCGAACACGUGACGCUCCGCUCGCUCAGCGUGGAGACCGGAUUCUGAUCAGCUUCUCGAUCCUCCAUCACCCUCAUCCUCAUCCUCAUCCUCAGGCCACAUUAACCCUCCGUACCUCUGAGCCAGUAAAUCCUGCCAUAUUCAUAACUGCGUUUAUGCUGCAUAGAACACGUUAUUAACAGAACAUCAGUGUUUAUGAAUGACAUUCAUCUUGAAAUGUGAAAGAAUAGAUGUUGUGUUCGUGCUUCAGUCCAUCUGCUGUGCCUUUGUCCUGUAUUUAUUAGUUUUUAACAACUGACCUGCUGUAAUAUUUCCUUCAGAUAUGCGCGUCAUUAUAUUUCAGUGGUUGCGUGUGGGAGCUUGAGUUUGAGUUUAAAAGAUUAAAUGUCUUUCUAAGUUGAUUUUCUGGUUUUUGGACACAAAUCAUCUGUCUGUUGUGCUAUAUCAAACUAUUUUUGGCUGUUGUUUGAACGGCUGUAUCCCUCUGGUAUCUUGUUUUCUGUAAUUAUUUGUUUGUUUCUUUAUUCCAGAAUCAUUGGUUUGUUUGAGUGUCGUUGUCGUUGAAUUAUUACUGAAUUAUUGUGCUCUUCUCAGUAUUCUCCUCAGACUGACCUGUAGAAAUGCUGCCAAUUUUUACCCUCGUAUCAUGUUUACAGAUGAAUAUGUUAGAUUUGCAUGUCUCAACCUUUAAAGAUGUGCUUCAGUGAUUAAACCUGACGAAAUAAAAAUAGAGAUUUUCUGCUGAUUAACAAAACAUUGAGCUGUGUGUGUGUGCUAUAUUGUUUUAUUUUUGUGUAAACCAUGAUUUUACUGGAGCAACAUAAAUUCAUAGAGAGACAACAUAUUAACAAAUUAUUUUAUUUUAAAUAUUUAAUAAUAAUAUAUAUUUGAUUACAAUACUUUUACUAUAACAACAUGUAAUUAAAAAAAUCUAAAUAAAACUGUAAAUAUUACAAUUUAUUAAUCUAUAAUUAAUUUGUACGCCUUAAAACAUUCGUCAGCCAAUCAGAUUGAAGCAUUCUUUGGCGCCAUAGUAUAAGAAGAAGAAGAAUGCGUUACGUUGCUGACGUCACGUUCCAAUUCUCCAUUGUGAUUGGUUACCGCUGGAAAGGGGUCGCGUGUCUGUGAGGAGGAUUUUUGAUCGAGGUAAAAAAAAAAACACUUCAGAAUUUAAUUCACUUUUGACAAAUUCAUUUCUUUAAAUAUGAAAAUUAAAAUAGGUUCGUUGUUUUAAGUGGGUUAAGUUAUCAACGUGUUUUGAUGGAAACGUUAGUUUGUAAGUCAUCUGAACGGGUGCCGUCGUGUAGCCGUUCGCUUUAUUAUCGUUUUUAUAGUUUAAUUACGUUCUCGCAUUUAUUAUCACAUUUUUAAUACUAAUGUUCGCUAUUCUUUUUUCUGUUUUACCUACUUGUUUUCGGGGUUUUUUUAUUUAUUGUUUAUUAUUAUUAUUAUUAUAAAAAACUAUGUAUACUGUGUUUGGCUAAACGAGCACCUGCAUAUUGUUGCUCUUUUGUUGAUUUGGAUUUGCUUCUAUUUAGAUAAGCAUCUGCUAAACGCUUAAAUGUGAUUUGAGGUUGUUUUGUUGUGAUGCAUUUAUUGUAUUUAAUCAAUUUAAUGUGUUUGUUUGGAGUAUAGGAGCAGCCAAUCAAGCGAAGGCCUGAAGAUCCAACGACCUUUAAAUGACCAGGGGCCUGUACCAUGAAGCCGGAUUAGCUGGCUAGCCAGGUAAGUUUCAGUUUAGCUUGCGCCAACUCUGGGUUUUAGGUACCAUGAAAGUGGCUUGGCUUUUAGCUGCGUUCAUCGCCAUAGUAACUUACACUCCACAGCUAACCUGCUCCGGAGCAGCUUAUGUUCUGAGUUAGAGAUCGCAAACUGAAAUUGGACCAAUCAGAUGUGAGCAAACUGACACAUGUCUGACACAAAAAAGUCACUCCACCAGUUUAUCUCACUCCAAAUUAAUAUUUCCAACUAUAUAAACUAACUUAAGUUUCACUUGGCUGCACUGAUAAAGCAAGAUCAUUUCUUUUAUUUUUCCUCGUUCAUGAACAAGUACUUUUUCAUUGUAAAUGCAUUUAAAUUCAUCAUGUUCUUCAAUCUCUCAACCUUUAGCAAAACCUUUAACUUUUAACCAAGGCUCGUGAUUGGCUGUUCGCCAGUGAUGUCACACAUUCAUGUGCACGUGCUCCACAAACUCAGGAUCAAAGCCUGAGUUAACAAAGAAAGUUGAUGAUCAGCAUCAUGAUACGAGCAAAGCCGGAUUGGAGUGGUUUUGUCAACUCGAAACUAAUCCUGUAACUCUGAAUUUGUUCAUCUACCCUCAUGGUACAGGCCCCAGGUGUUCCUCAACGUAUAUUGUUUUUUUUUUUCUUCAUAUUUUAUUUCUUGUACUCUCAAAGUUAAAGUAGUUUUUAUCUGUUCUCUAUGCAGUUUAAUCAAGGCAAUACUACAUUUCAUGCUUGUAUCUGUAUUUACUAGAAAGUAAACGGUAAGCUAUUAUUUAGCAGAUGCUUUUACUUUUUAUUUAGUAGAAAUGCAAUUAUAUCUUUGCAAUAAAACAAGCAGCUCUUUUCUGUAUGUUUAAAGGGAAAAAGUCAAUGAUUUUGAUUGCAAGACAAUUUUACACACACACACACACACACACACACACACACACACACACAAUGUUGAAUUGAAUCAAUGUUGAAAUUCAUGUGUGUGUGAAUUAUUACAGAAUUAGUUUGCUCUUCUGUUUUCUCCUCUGACUGACCUUUUUACCCUCAUCAUGUUUUACUCCUCUUUUAAAGAUGUGCUUCGGUGAUUAAACCUGACAAAAUAAAAAUGGGUAUCUUCUGCAGAUUAACAAA